AUGAAGCUGACUUUCAAGGAUUUGAAGCAGCAGAAGUUCGUGAUCGAAGCCGAACCAUCAGAACUAAUCUCUGAGGUGAAGGAGAAGAUCUCACAGGAGAAGGGGUGGGAGACGUCUCAGCAAAAAUUGAUCUACUCUGGCAAGAUCCUCCAAGAUGGCAAUACCGUUGAGUCCUAUAAGAUCGAGGAGAAGGGUUUCAUUGUUUGCAUGAUACAAAAGCCCAAGGUCGCCCCUUCUUCCAGUUCUACUCCCUCGAAAGUUCCUUCAACGCCUGCCCCCACUGGCGCAUCCACUCCAGCACCUCCACCAGCUCCAGCCCCAGCGGUAAGCUCAUCUACAAAUGCUAUCCCGGCAACUCCCUCACCUGCUGGCGCUGGUGCAGCACCCAAUCCUCUAGGUGCGCCCACGGCGUCUACUACCUCUGGCCUCACCAUGGGCACUGAGCGCGCAGCGCAGAUUGCGGAGAUGGAAAGCAUGGGUUUUGAGAGGUCCCAGAUUGAGCUGGCUAUGCGAGCUGCCUUUUACAAUUCGGAGCGGGCUAUUGAAUACCUUUUGACUGGCAUUCCUGAAAACCUCCAGCAAGAGGCAAGACCUGCUGCUCCUGCGGCAGGCGCUCAAGCCGAGGCUUCACCAACACCGGCCGCGCCCCCUGCUGCACAAACCGGAGCCGAAGGAGCUGAAGACCCAAUAAACCUCUUUGAGGCCGCUGCCCAGGCUGGAACUGGAGGAGCUGGCGGACCCGGUGCCACUCGGGGUGGUGCUGCAAAUCUCUUUGGAUCGGCCGGUGGAGCUGGCGGAGCUGCUGCCGGUGGCCUAGGCAACCUCGAUUUCCUGCGAAACAACGCACAAUUCCAGCAAUUGCGGCAAGUUGUCCAACAGAAUCCUCAAAUGCUUGAGCCAAUCCUCCAACAAGUUGGCGCCGGCAAUCCCCAGCUCGCAGCCUUGAUCGGCCAAAAUCCAGAGCAGUUCCUCCAACUCCUAAGUGAGGAUGGCGACAAUGAUGCACCAUUACCACCCGGAGCUCAAGCUAUUAGUGUCACGGAGGAAGAGCGUGCAGCGAUUGAACGGUUGUGCGGUCUAGGAUUCCCUCGAGACCAAGCCAUACAAGCCUAUUUCGCUUGCGACAAAAAUGAGGAGCUUGCAGCCAACUUCCUGUUUGACCAGCCAGAUGAUGAGGAAUGA